AUGAAGACUUCACUCGCCUCACUGACCUCGUUUGCGACCCUCACAAGCGCUGCACGGUUGCUCCUUCAAAUUCCAAACACGGUCCUGGUCAACCCGUCCACCCUCCCCUCGACGACGCAUGCAACGCUCCAGUCUUCUGGCCCGCCCAUCGACGCCUACCUCACGCGCUCCAACACAUUCAACUUCAACAACGUGAGCGCGGGCAGCUUCCUGGCUACUGUGCAUUGCCGCGACUAUGCCUUCGAGCCACUGAGGAUUGAUGUCACCGUGGAGGAGUCGGUGGAGGGCAGCGGGGAGAAGAAGGAGACGAUCAGGGCAUGGCAAACCUUCUUGGGCAAUGAAUGGGACAACAAGGGAGAGAGUCGCGGUGAGGGUGGAAACGGCUUGGUGGUCGAGGCCCGCCCGGUGGGAACCAAGUACUUCUACCAGGAGAGACAGGGCUUCUCGCCCUUGUCAUUCUUGAAGAACCCCAUGAUUCUUAUGGCCGUCGUCUCCAUGGGCCUUAUCUUCGGCAUGCCCAAGUUGAUGGAGAACAUGGAUCCCGAGAUGAAGGAAGAAUUCGAAGAGAUGCAAAAGCAAGGCGUCCUCGGCUCCGGCUCCACCAAUACCGCACAGCAGCUACAGAACUUCGACCUUGCUUCGUGGAUGGCGGGCAAGACGGAUUCGGGCAGCACGAGCGCGCGUACACAGAGCCCUGCCGGGCAAGCCAAGAAACGAUAG